AUGAGUUAUGAACCAAGUAUUGCACAACCCACAAGGCAUCCUGGCAACCACAAUCGGCGGGGUUAUAGUUACGAGAUGUUCAUGAACUGCAAGCCACCCAUUUUUAACGGAGAAAUUGAUCCCGUUUUGUCAUCAACAUGGAUCAUGGAGAUUGAGGGAACGUUCGAUACUAGCAAGUGUGCGGAUGAGGACAAGGUGAUUUAUGCUGCGACAAUGCUAGAAGGGGAGGCAAUACAUUGGUGGGGCAUGGUGAAGGAGUUGGAGGAAGAAUUCUUGAGGUUGGAACAGGGGAAUAUGACUGUGCGAGAGUACACCACUAAGUUCACGGAGAAUGCUAGGUUUGCUGAAUUUUACGUUUCUAUAGAAGAAAGAAGGGUGGAACGCUAUAUAUGGGGAUUAAGAACAGCUAUCCGUGAAUUUGUGCAAAUUCAAAAACCGGGUACUUUCCAGUUUGUUGUUGAUGUUGUAGAAGGUCACGAACGUGAGAAGAAUCGUCAAGGUGAAGACAGGGCUUUGGGGAAAAGAAAAUGGGAUGGUAUGAAUAAUGAUUCGAAGAAAGGCAAGACUUCAGGGCAAGAACGUAAGGUUGAUCAAAGCUCUAGAGUAAAGAAAUGUCCGAAAUGA